AUGACAUGGCAACCAUGGGAGAGGUUCAAAGCCAGCCACCCCGCCACGGCGGAUCGCAUGGCUGAGAAAUGGACUGCUACCCGGCCAUAUCUACCACCGGUGAACUUCAUCACCAUGCACUAUGCCUACUUCAUCUUGGUCGGGCUCGUCUUUUCCGGCAUCUUCUAUGGGCUGUCACGCCCGAACCAUAGCGUCAGCUUCGUCGACAGCCUCUUCCUCGUCAUGUCCUCCUUCACCACGUCUGGCCUGAACACGGUCGACAUCAGCCAGCUCACCUCAGCCCAGCAGGCCCUGAUCGCCUUGAUGAUGAUGUUGGGCAGCCCUGUUUUCGUCUCCAUAUUCACAAUUUGGCUCCGCGCCCGUGUCUUUGAGGAGCGGUUUGAGGACAUCGUGGAGGCCGAACGGAGCAGGAGAAUGAAAAAGACGGGUACAAUAGUUGGCAUGGCUGGCGCAAUGAUCGGUCUACCCGUCAUGUCAUCCUUCAAAGCCUCCAAAAAGAAGGCCAAAAAGGGUAGACAUGCUCAACGCGCCGAGGCAGACGCCUUUCAGCUGUCUGGCUUCAAACGGCAAUCUCGCGACAAGGACCAGGAUCAGGAGGCUGCACUAGGAUCAGGCAUGUUGGAUCCCAUCCAGGAGGGCCACAAGCUUGACGUCGGGAGCAGCUCCGCCGAGCCUCUCUCGCCCAAGUCCAACACAACCACCACCAGGCGAAGGCCUUUCAGUCGAGACGACGCCCGCCUGUCCAUGUCAGAGGGGUUCGAUUUCAGGACCUUCAUCCACGAGAACAAGAAGUCUGUCGGUAGGAACGGCCAGUUUUUCGACCUCACGGAGGAACAGCGCGAGUACUUGGGCGGCGUCGAGUAUCGAGCCUUGAAGGUCCUCUUCACCAUCGUCUGCGUCUACUUCGUCCUCUGGCAGCUGCUCGGGGCGAUCACGCUCGGCGCGUGGCUCUACGUGCACAGCCAGAGCAUCACUGCCGUCAACUCCCAGAACGCGUGGUGGUCUGGUAUCUUCCUAUGUAUCUCGUCGUUCAACAAUGCUGGAAUGACACUGCUCGACGCAGGCGUGGCAGCCUUCGACAACGAUGCUUUCGUCUUGACCAUCGUCACGAUUCUCUCACUCGCUGGAAAUGCCGCAUUCCCGGCGUUCCUCAGGGCCACCGUCUACUUCUGCAGCUUCGUGCUGAAGAUGGCGGUCGAUGAGGAUGAUUACACUGUCUGGAAGGAAGCAUUCGACUUCAUUCUCAAGUAUCCACGUCGUCUGUACAUGAUGAUGUUCCCUGCCAAGGCCAAUUUCGUCUUUGUCACCAUGUUUUCUACCAUCGCGGUCAUGGACUGGGUUCUACUCCUUGUUCUCAGUAUCGGCAACGCCGCCAUCGAGGCAUACCCGGUCGCGAAGCGGGUCGGGCUGGCAGUCUUUCAGGCGUUGACAAUCCCAUCAGGAGGCUUCGCUGUGGUUCCAGUAUCAAGCCUUUACUUUGACGUGCUCGUCUUGUGGGUGAUUGUGAUGUACAUUUCUGCAUACCCAGAGAUCAUCGUCAUGCGAAACUCAAAUGUGUACGAAGAACGCUCCCUGGGUAUUUAUACCACCGAAGAGAACAAAACCGAGGACUCGGACUCGACUGUGAAUGGCUCGACAGAUGAGCUUCCGACGCUCGAGGGACCCCUCCUAUCGCCGCCGCCGUUUGGCCCAUCACACGGCCCACCGCAGACGGCGGUCUCCGUGUCAGGCGUGUCACAAGCACAAUCUCGCGUAUCCGCCAGGUCCGUCAAGAAGCUAGCCGCUGUUGGAAGGAAGGGGACCUCCUUUGUGGGCAAGCAGAUCCAGAACAGGAUGAACAACUUCCAGGGCGUGGGCGUGACGACCAAACCUCCCCUCAAGCGCUCCGCCGAGAUGAACUUUGACGUUGGCAACCCCGUGGCGAACUCUUCAACUCCCGAGGGCCACGUGAGCCUAGUGUCGCAGCACCUGCGGGGCCAACUUUCUCACGACAUCUGGGCCAUUGCCUUCUCGCUGUUUUUAAUCACACUGAUCGAGACGUCCCACUCGAUCGAGGAUCCGCGCACCUACAGCGUUUUCAACUUCCUAUUCGAGAUCGUUUCGGGAUAUACCAACAUUGGCCUUUCCGUCGGCCUCCCCGAUCAAUCGUUUAGCUUCUGCGGUGGCUGGUACACAGGGUCAAAGCUCGUAAUGAUUCUUAUGAUGAUACGUGGCAGGCACAGGGGUCUGCCGGUUGCCCUGGAUCACGCUGUCAAGCUGCCUGGCUGGGACAACGUGAAGAAGCAGAACGAGGAUGCUGAGAUUAGGCGGAGCAUAGGGAGGAGUCGGGCGAGCUUGGAGAUAUAG